GAGCCGGCACCCAACAAAUGAAACACCCAUCAUUUGGCAACACACUGGAAAAUGAUCCCCCUUCACCCUCUCUGUUGCCAUCGGCGCUACUCUGCUUGUGCCAGAAGAAUUGGACUAACUAACUGUGGUACGAAACUUUGAUACCUGCAGUCAACAAACACUGAAACCCUUCAUUACUUAAUCCUCGCUGACGGCUGGGAGCAUGAGAGAAAUACAGAAGUAGUUACACAGCCCUGUGUGUCUGUGUGCCUUCUGCUGGUUUUGGCUGUCCCUCUUCUGGGUGAUGGCUGCACUCUGAGGACGUCAAACGGUGGAGUUUAACGGCACACACACAACCGACACACACUAUCUGGACGGUGGACGCCCGACGAGGAGACGCCCACAGACACAAUGGCGAAGUACCACUGGCAAAGUCAGAAUGUGAAGCAAAGCGGAGUGGACGACAUGGUCCUGCUCUCCAAGAUCACAGAGGACGCAAUCGUGGAUAACCUCAAGAAGAGAUACAUGGACGACUACAUUUUCACAUACAUCGGCCCUGUAUUGAUUUCAGUAAACCCGUUCAAACAAAUGCCCUAUUUUACAGACAGAGAGAUUGAACUCUACCAAGGCGCAGCCCAGUAUGAAAACCCACCACACAUCUACGCCUUGGCAGAUAACAUGUACCGAAACAUGAUGAUCGAUGGGGAGAAUCAAUGCGUUAUUAUCAGCGGGGAAAGCGGUGCUGGAAAGACAGUGGCGGCCAAAUACAUCAUGGGUUAUAUUUCCAAAGUGUCUGGAGGUGGAUCAAAAGUGCAGCAUGUAAAAGACAUCAUCCUACAGUCCAAUCCUCUGCUGGAGGCAUUUGGUAAUGCCAAGACUGUCCGCAACAACAACUCUAGUCGUUUUGGAAAAUACUUCGAGAUUCAGUUCAGCAGAGGUGGGGAGCCAGAUGGUGGCAAAAUUUCUAACUUCCUCCUGGAGAAGUCGAGGGUGGUGAGCCAGAAUGAGAGCGAGAGGAACUUCCACAUUUACUACCAGUUGAUAGAGGGAGCCAACACACAGCAGAAAGAAAGCCUGGGCAUCAUGACUCCCGACUACUACUACUACCUCAACCAGUCUGGGACCUACAAGGUCGAUGGGACCAACGACUGCAAAGACUUCUCUGAGACUAUGGAAGCCAUGCAGGUCAUUGGUAUCCCCAGUGACAUCCAGGCUCAGGUGCUGCAGAUCACUGCAGGUAUCCUCCAUCUGGGAAACAUCAGCUUUAUAGAGGCAGGAAACCAUAGCCAGGUGGAAAGCACAGACUUGCUUGCUUUUCCUGCCUACUUGCUGGGAAUAGAUCCCCAGAGGCUGCAGGACAAGUUGACCAGUCGAAAGAUGGACUCCAAAUGGGGCGGCAAGUCAGAGUCCAUAAACGUAACCCUCAACCAGGAGCAGGCCACCUACACACGCGAUGCCCUGGCCAAAGCCCUUUAUGCCCGUCUCUUUGACUACCUUGUAGAGGCCAUAAAUAAAGCCAUCCAGAAACCUUACGAGGAGUUUAGCAUCGGUGUCCUUGACAUUUAUGGCUUUGAGAUAUUUCAGAAAAAUGGGUUUGAGCAGUUUUGCAUAAACUUUGUCAACGAGAAACUGCAGCAGAUCUUUAUUGAGCUCACUUUGAAGGCUGAGCAGGAGGAAUAUGUUACGGAAGGCAUUAAAUGGACCCCCAUCGAGUACUUUAACAACAAGAUUGUGUGUGACCUCAUUGAAAAUAAACUGAGCCCUCCUGGUAUAAUGAGUGUCCUGGAUGAUGUGUGCGCCACCAUGCACGCCAAAGGAGAGGGUGCCGAUGGCACACUGCUGCAGAAGCUGCAGGCUGCCGUGGGAACCCAUGAACAUUUCAACAGCUGGAACUCUGGAUUUGUCGUUCAUCACUAUGCUGGGAAGGUGUCGUAUGAUAUCAAUGGCUUCUGUGAGAGAAAUCGAGACGUCCUCUUUCCUGACCUCAUAGAACUCAUGCAAAGCAGUGAAUUUAACUUCAUCCGCAGCUUGUUUCCUGAAAACCUCAACACAGACAAGAAAGGGAGGCCGACAACGGCCAGCUCAAAGAUCAAAAGACAAGCUAAUGAACUGGUGAGCACACUGAUGAAGUGCACCCCACAUUAUAUCCGCUGUAUUAAACCAAAUGAGACAAAAAGGCCCAAAGACUGGGAGGAAAGCAGAGUCAAGCAUCAAGUUGAAUAUCUUGGUCUGAGGGAAAAUAUUCGUGUGCGAAGAGCUGGAUUCGCUUAUCGUCGCCUCUUCACUAAGUUUCUGCAUAGGUAUGCCAUACUUACCCCUGAAACAUGGCCGCAUUGGAGGGGACCAGAGCAGCAAGGGGUCCUUCAUCUCCUCCGAUCGGUCAACAUGGAUACUGACCAGUACCAGAUGGGACGCACUAAAGUCUUUGUCAAGAACCCAGAAUCGCUCUUUCUUCUUGAGGAGAUGAGGGAAAGGAAGUUUGACACCUUCGCCAGAACCAUUCAGAAGGCGUGGAGACGCUACAAUGCCAGGAAGAAAUACGAACAGAUGAGGGAAGAGGCGUCGGACAUCCUGUACAACUCCAAGGAGCGCAGGAAAAACAGCAUCAACAGGAACUUUGUUGGAGACUACCUUGGCCUGGAGCAAAGACCUGAGCUGCGGCAGUUCCUGGCCAAGAGGGAGCGAGUUGACUUUGCUGAUUCUGUCACAAAGUUUGACCGCAGGUUCAAGUCUAUCAAGAGAGACUUGAUCUUGACCCCUAAGGGGAUCUAUCUGAUUGGUCGAGAGAAGGUGAAGAAAGGACCCGAAAAAGGACAGAUACAGGAGGUUUUAAAACGUAAACUGGAAUUUGGAAACAUCAGUGGCGUCUCGCUCAGUACCAGACAGGAUGAUUUCUUCAUUCUGCACGAGGCCCAGUAUGACAGUCUGCUGGAGUCCAACUUUAAGACAGAGUUUCUCAGUUUGUUGUCUAAACGAUAUGAGGAAGUGACCCAGAGAAAGCUGGCCAUCUCCUUCUCUGACAGACUGGAGUUCCGGGUGAAGAAGGAGGGCUGGGGUGGCGGAAGCUCCAGGGUGGUGGUUUUUCAAAGGGGUCAAGGAGAUUUGGCUCAGCUUAAACCUGGAGGAAAGACUCUGACCAUUACUGUAGGAGACGGACUACCCAAGUCCUCCAAACCAACCAGGAAGUCUGGUCUGGACGUUCGAGGUGGAGUAAGAAACCAUGCACCUAACAGAGCACACCCCAAUGGUGGAGCCAAGUUUUCAAGAGGCCAACCCAACCGGCAAUCAGAGAUCACCUAUUCCUCCCCACACAAACAUCCCCGGCCACCUAAUGCUCCCCUGCCCAAACUGGACUCCCAAAUGGGACGUCGGGCCCCAGCCCCUAACCAGCACAACCAAGGGAACUUGGACUUUCUUAACGUGCCUGACCAAGGCAUGUCAGGGAAGCAGAGGAAAAGAAGCAUCAGCCAUCGGCCGCCGCCUGCCCCUAAACCUCAGCCCAGACCUCAGGGUCCCCGAUGCCGAGCCUUAUAUCAGUACAUCGGGCAGGACACCGACGAGAUCACCUUUGAGGCUAAUGAUGUCUUCGAUCUCGUCAAAGAGGAUCCAUCAGGAUGGUGGACAGGCAGGAUUCAUGGCAAAGAAGGUCUCUUCCCUGGUAACUAUGUGGAAAAGAUUUGAUGAGGACUUUUCAUGCACAUUCUUGUUUUAACAAGAACAAGGUGUAUUCUGUCCCUUGCAGCAGACUCUGCUUUACAAAAAACAGCCUGAGAGUUAUUCAAAGUACAUUUGAAGUUCUUGUUUAAGGGUGACACUUUGCUGACAUUUGAGCUCUGACUAAUUAUCUGUGGCAGAACACGGUAUGAAGGGAAGACAGGAGGUGUCAUCAUUAUUGUUAAAACGGGACUACGAGCUGCUCAGGUUUCAUCUCGGUUGUUGUGUAAAAUGAUCCAUCUCUGAAUGGCCCAGCAGCAGGAUCUUUGACUUUAUCUUCCUUUGAGCGGUUCCUCGCUCCAUACAACUCAGGGCUUCUGCGGAAGAAUGACUUGAAGAAAAAUCUGCGUUUACCUCCAGCUUUUCUCAAGAUCCGUCAUCUCUUCUACCCCACACUGCUGCUCACUGUCUUCAUUAACAGCAUCAGAUCAUUCAGUAAAUUAGCUCUUAACAGAAAAAGCAAAAAGUGAAUUUGAUUGAUUCUUUUGCGCAAUAAACAAAACUUGCUUCAGAUCAAAUCAAACCUUUUUUUUAUGUUUGACAUUUCAUUGCUAUUGUUGGUAUAUGAUAUAUAAGAUUAUUGGUACUAUGUCACAGAUUUU